AAACAGUAAACAGUCCUCCGUCACCGUCAGACAUUUUCAAUCUCAUGGUACCAUGGUACAUUCAUUGUACUUCUAGUUCCCUUAUAGGAGUGUUGUGAAAAUAAUACGCAGUGCAGUUUUAUAUUUAAAUUAAAGUGAAUGGGGAUAAUAUAAAAAUGGAUGAGGAACAGAAUGGAGAUGGAGAAAAUGGGCCAGGGCGAGGUCCUCACAGAGGUAGAGGUAGAGCUAGGAACCGUGGCUCUGGCAAAAACCAAAGAAAUCAGUCUUUAAGCGCUAGAACCAUGCAAUACAAUACCAACAGAGUAAUGUACCGCGCUGGUUCAGAACAAUCGCUAGCACCAUUGAUUCCUUCGUUGCUCGCUAUGCCCUAUCAGAGAGGACAACCGCCGCAACUGCAAUAUCAUACCACAAAUCGGGCCAAUAAUACGUACCAAAGGCCAAAUAAUCAUGCUAGGUCGACAGUGAGACCCGAACAUCAUAACAAUGACAGCGUACCUCAUAAUCAUAAUCGUCCAAAAAAACCAACUAAUAUGGGUUUUAUAAUGUUACAAAAUCUCGCCAAAUCAGAAAGCAAGGAAAUCAUUUCUCAAAUUAACGAUAAAAGGGAGGCGUUCAUGAAUCUAUUACAGUCGCCCAUAGAGAGGCUGGAUGUAUAUGCUCUGGUUUUGGAACUAUUGGCAAAGGUUUGCCAGUCAUCAUUUGAUCAAUUGAAGUUGACGAUACUUUUGGACGUAUGCAAUUCGCCAUUUAUACUCAGUUUGCGAAACUAUUUGAUGGAUCUGCCGUACUCAGAGCGCAAGUCUGCUAACAACAUGUACUGGAAAAACCCUAAUGAAUUUUGGGUAAAUUUUUUAACAUUUUGUGAAUGUAUAACCACCUUAUCCCCAUCUAUAGCCCUAGCCAAAUGCAGGUCUCUCAUAGAUGGAACUUCGAAACUGUGUUUGGAAGCACUUGGCGAAAGACAUGAUUAUAAGUUACCUGAGAAUUGUGAUUUGACACUAAUAAAAUUGCGCGAGGCUUUAACAACACAUGAAAAAGAGAAAACAGUUACUGGAGAGCAGCGCAAAAAACCCAACGUAGACGAUGAGGAACAGGAACCACCUGAGAGUUUUAGACAACUCUGUGUCAUACCUAGACGAGGCGAUUUGAUUGAGGAGCGUCCGUUCCUUCGAUCGAAUGUCGUGAAGGGUGGUUAUCGUGACGUCGAACACUACUUAGACGUGCAGUUCAGGCUGUUCCGUGAGGAUUGCUUCGGCCCACUCCGUGAAGGCAUACUUCAGUUUAUACGGGAUCCAACAAAAAGGAAAUACGACCAUAUAAGAGUAUUCCGUAACGUCAAAUUUGUUCAACCUUAUGUGUCGUCGCAAAAAGUAGGCGCAGUCGUGGAAUUUGAUGAAGCCACAAAGAAAAGAUUUAAAAAAAUGAACUGGGCCCAUAACAAGCGUUUCAUUUUUGGGUCGCUCGUUAUAUUCACAAAGGACAACUGUAAAAACUUGGUUGUGGCGACAAUCCUUGAUCGAGAUGUGAAAUAUCUUGAUAAAGGAAAGAUUCCGGUAUCAAUGGUUGAUGUAGAAGUUGGAGAUGAUCUGUAUAAAAACGAAACUUACACGAUGAUAGAAAGUGAAGUAUAUUUCGAACCGUACUAUCACGUACUAAAAGCUAUGCAAGAGCCUUCUUUCCCGAAUCACAUAGCGAUGAAGAAAUACAUAAUUGAUGUAAACCCUGAACCCCAGCCUGCGAAAUACGUAGAUGAAAAUAGAUCAUACACCGUGGAAACUGAACUAAAUUUAAGAGCAAAAUUUAAAGUAUUAGAUUUCGACACUUGGCCAAGCAGUGAAGAAAUGAAUUUGAAUGAAAGCCAAUAUGAGGCGUACAAAAUGGCUCUCACCCACGAGUUCGCCGUCAUUCAAGGGCCUCCUGGGACUGGCAAGACUUAUUUGGGUGUGAAAGUAGCUAAGACAUUAAUAGAAAAUCUCAGAUGUACCGCAGGGUCUCUUUUGCUUUUAGUAUGCUACACGAAUCACGCUCUAGAUCAAUUUCUAGAAGCAAUCUUGCCUAUCACAGACUCCAUUGUACGCGUCGGUGGCCAGUCUCGGAACGAAGCAAUGGAGAAAAUCAAUUUGAACACUAUAAGGAAAACAGCGCAGAAAACGCCAAAUUCGAGUCGCAGACUUUUCUUUGAACAAAGACAGAACUUGAAGGAAUGUAUUCUUAAAUUGAAAACUGCUCAAGAAUGCAUUGAAUCCUUGAACACGUCUGUUCUCAGUCACAAUUGUAUUAGAAGCUUUGUCCCGGAAAGUAUAAUUAUUGGCGAUUUUCAUAAACGUUCUAAUGGGAACUUCAAAGAUCCAUUAUAUUGUUGGCUAUUCGAGAAUGUCGUGUACGACUUCAACGAACCCAUUACGCUCGAGGGUGAAGAUACUGGAAAUCCCAACAAUAACGGAAAUGACCAAUCCGAUAACAGACAAGAAAUUACUUUGGAUGACUUAGAAACAGAAAAUCUAAGUAGUACUUUUGACAUGAAUAUUCAAAGUUGCUUUUCAAUAGAAAAGGCUCAAGAGCAGCUCAAAUAUUUGACUGCGCGUUACUGGAAUUCAAAAUCUAGGCAGGAACAGUAUGAUUUGCAUAGAGAAAUAAUUAUAACGCGAUCCUUAAUCCGGACAUUCAAAGAGAUGAGAAACUAUCACCGCCAAGGAGUUGAAGUCAGCAAAGAAGUUAAUUUGCGAAAUCCUUCCCGUAUCGACCCAGUUGAUCGCUGGAUGUUGUAUUUUAAAUGGACCAAUUAUGUAGCCAAUGAUCUACGGGAAAAGGUUCAGCCGCUGCAGGACACUCUAAAAAGAGUUAGUGCUGAAUACGAAGAGUCUAGAAUGAUAGUGGACUAUGAGUUGUUGAAAAACUACAAAGUCAUAGGCAUGACUACAAGUGGGGCUGCCAGGUUGAGAAAGCUUAUUCAGGCUUUGGCUCCACCUAUUGUGAUAGUGGAAGAAGCAGCAGAAGUCUUGGAGCAGCACAUAAUUACAUCUUUGACGAAAAAGUGUCAACACCUAAUUCUAAUAGGAGACCACCAGCAGCUCAGACCGUCCGCGUCGUACCUGAGGCUGGCGAAGCAUUACAACAUCGAAGUGUCGCUGUUCGAGCGCAUGAUCUUGAACGACAUGCACAGUCGGCGCCUCGCCGUGCAGCAUCGCAUGCGACCGCAGAUCGCGGCUCUCAUCGCCCCGGCCAUCUAUCCCGACCUGCAGAACCAUCCUUCUGUCGAAGACUUUCCGAACGUGCGGGGUGUCACGUGCAACGUUUUCUUCUACACCCAUGAUCACAAAGAACAGGUUAUAGACGACAGUGCUAGCAAAACAAAUGAAAAUGAGGGAGAUAUGGUCCUCGGUUUGGCAAACUAUCUAAUGCAGCAAGACUACCAACCCGAAGAUGUCACAAUUUUAGCUGCAUACUCCGGCCAAAUGUUCUACAUGAAAAAGCAACGUUUUAAAUAUUCCCACUUGUCAAAAGUGAAGAUUACAGUAGUGGAUAACUACCAAGGCGAAGAGUCUAAGAUCAUUCUUCUGUCGCUCGUCAGGAACAACGACGACAACAAAAUUGGAUUUUUGGCCAUCGAGAAUCGUGUCUGUGUGGCCUUGUCCAGAGCCAAAGAAGGAUUUUACAUAUUCGGCAACAUUGAGAUUCUGAAAAGCAAUUCACCGCUUUGGACGAAAGUUGCUGCCACAUUAGAAGGCUUUGGUGCGCUUGGUACAAGCAUACGACUAAUGUGUGAAAAUCACAGUAGUCAAAUAUCUGUUAUUUCGACUGACCAAGAUUUUAAUAGUAAAGUUCCUGAAGGCGGUUGUCUUCUGAAAUGCAACUACAAUCUGCCGUGUGGCCACGCCUGCCCGCUCAUGUGCCACGGCUACGAUCGAGGCCAUAUAAACACAAAGUGCACGUUGAAAUGUGAAAGGAUUCUUUGCGAACUGAAUCACGUUUGUCCGUUGAAAUGCGUGGAAGAGUGCAAGCCAUGCCAAGAAAGAGUGGUGAAAAAAUUGCCAUGUGGCCACAAUAUGUCGGUGUUUUGUCACGUGGACCCUAAUGAUCCCAAAGUUCGGUGCUUGACAGUGGUCCCCGCUAAGUUACCAAUCUGUGGCCAUGAGGUGAAGAAAUCGUGUUACAUGGCGACUGAAAAGGUAAAGUGUCCGGUGCCUUGCGAGUACCGUGUGGACAAGUGUGGGCACGUGUGUAUGCGCACUUGCCACGUCACGGAAGACCCGCAUCACGAACGGUACUUGUGUCAGAAACCAUGUGCGAAGGCUAAGAAAGGAUGCACCAUGGAGUUCGAAGGUGACCGCGGUGACCACCAGUGCGUCAAGAGGUGCCACGAGGAAUGCGACGAAUGCAAUGUCGAAGUAGACAAAAAGAGACAGUCCUGCAAACACAAGGUGCGCGUCGCCUGCUCCAAGAGCCCCGACGAGAAGCCGUGCUACAAAAAAUGUGCGCGCGCUCUUGCUUGCGGACACUUCUGCACCAAGAAGUGCUUCGAGGUCUGCGGAAAGGACUGCAAACAAAUUGUAAAGAAGACGAUCCCUGAAUGUGGGCAUGAAAUCACGCUCGAGUGUGGAUUAGAGCCGGACCGUCGGUUCUGCAAGACGCCGUGCGAGCUCACCAUGUCCUGCGGCCACCGCUGCCGCGGCCGCUGCGGCGACCCUUGCGACCCCACCAAGUGCAAGGAACUCACGCCGCGAUACUACGCAUCGCCUUGCGGGCACAAAGUACAGUUACCCUGCCACGUUGUCGCCGCAUCUGAUGCCGAGUUGAAACCUGAGCUGCUACUGAAGUACUGCGCAGAGCCGUGCGGCAAGGAGUUGGAGUGCGGGCACGCGUGCGUGGGCACGUGCGCGCGCUGCCGCCAGGGCCGCCUGCACGAGCCCUGCGCGCGCCCUUGCCACCAGCUCAACAUCUGCGGACACCAAUGCAUGGAGCCUUGCAACCAGGUGUGCCCGCCGUGCAGGAAGCCGUGCGAGGUGAAGUGCCAACACUCGCGCUGUCGCCGCGAAUGCGGCGCGCCCUGCGUGCCGUGCCAGGAGCAGUGCAGCCGCGCGUGUCCGCACGUCACGUGCAAGCGGCGGUGCGGAGAGACGUGCGCGCUCGCCGCGUGCACGCAGCCGUGCGCGCGCGCGCUGAGCUGCGGCCACCCGUGCCGCGGCCUGUGCGGCGAGCGUUGCCCCGACGUGUGCAAGCUGUGCCGCCCCGAACAAUUCCCCACCGACUUCCUCGGGGACCAAUUCGACGACGACGCCCUAUUCAUCGUACUAGAAGAUUGCGGCCACGUCAUGGAAUUUGAGAACAUGGAGAACCUAAUGAAAGGAAAAAGCGAUCUUAUAGCAAUCCACCGCUGUCCAUACUGUCGUGCACCUAUCAUUAACACUCCUCGAUACAAGGACCUCGUUAACCGUAUGCUGAGAGAAGAUAUCAAUCCCAUCAAAGAACGAGUCUAUGGCAACGCAGAAAAGAUCAUUGCCCGAAGAGCGGAGCUACAUGAAACUGUAGCAAACUUUCACAACGUUCACAGCAAAAUAUAUAACGAUCCAUUAUUCUCACACUGGAAGAAGGCGUUCGAACAAAUGAUCCUCGUGGUGAAGUCAAAGAGGAAGUGUUCGUUGCUUCAGCUGGAAAUGUACUUCGUUUACUUAAACAUAUUGGAACUACUUUCGGAUGUUCACAAGAAAUACACUUCACUGAAUUUGAUAGCUUUGCAAGACAGUCUGAUCGAUCAAAACAAAAUGAUAUGCCGAGUUCUCGUGAAGAAUGUACACAAGAUAAGUCAACAGCAGCAAGCCGACAUAGAUAACGAGAUAAAGCGCACGAAUGCCAUCGUCAAUCUGGCUAUUAUAAUAAGUCAUCCAUCUUACCUCGCAAGCCAAACUGUUUCCCAAGUAACGGAGAAUGCAAAUGCCGCUAAAAAGGUUAUUUUUAAAUGGGGAAUAUACGAACAUGACAAAGCUACAGAAGCUAUAAAUGAACUUCAAAAAUCAAUUAAAGUAAGCGGUAUCGUUUCAAAAGCGGAAAGGGAACUGAUCAUCAAAGCUAUAGGGGCCAAAGCGGGGCAGUGGUUCAAAUGUCCCAAUGGCCAUUUCUACAGCAUUGGCCAAUGCGGUGGAGCUAUGGAAGUAUCUAAAUGCCUGGAAUGCAAAGCUGAAAUUGGUGGAACGAAUCAUAGGCUGUUAAGUUCCAAUCAACAUGCCAGAGAAUUUGAUAACUCGAGGUUCCCGGCUUAUUCCGAAGAGGCCAAUAAUUUGGCUAAUUUUGAUUUAGCUAAUAUUGUUUAAAUUUGAUGUUUGAAGAGAUUUGAUAUUGAUAAUAUUAAGUUUUAACAUUUUUAACCUAAGCGCAAGCCUAAGGGAAGAAAAAUUUUGACAUGACACAGUUUUAUCCAAGUCUUUAUUUUUUUUGCUUUUUUUUAUUCAAUAACGGGACGUACCUAAUCAUUUAAUUCCUAAUUUUAAUUAUGUUUGUGUGUUAACCCUUAGUUUAGGACGAUAAUACACUAUAUAUCAAUCAGUCCAUGAUAUUACAAUCACAUCUGUAUUUGAUGCAUGCUUUGUAAUAAUUGUAUGAGUAGAUUUAAAUAAAUAAAUGUUUUUCUUUGAUUAAUUA